CGAUAAAUUGGUCCCUUUAAAUGCCCGUCAUUCUACUUACUCUCUACUUACUCAGUUAUUACUUACUUCUUACUUCUUACUUACUUUUAAUUAACUAACUCUUACUAUGGCUUAUAUGUCGGAAAAGGAACCAUUAUUAAGUAUAAAUCGUAAACGACCAUUAGCGUCUGAAUCAGAAAUUUCUACUAUAACAUGUCCGUCAUUUAGUUGUUUAUUAAGUAAACCAUUUCAAUGUUUACCUCAAUUAACUAGACAAUUGGCUGAAACAAUUAUUGGAGAUGAUGAAGAAGUAAUUAAUUAUUCAGAUGAUGAUGAAAUAUUACCAGAUUUACCUUAUAUUACUAAUCCAAUUACUUUAGGAGUAUCUAAAUUAAGUCAGGGGGAUAAAUUAACUGAAUUAAGAAAAUUAAUGAAGAAAUAUAAUAUUGGAGUUUAUAUUAUUCCAUCAGAAGAUGAACAUCAAUCGGAAUAUACUGCAUUGGCUGAUAAACGUCGAGAAUAUAUAUCUGGAUUUACUGGAAGUGCAGGUAUUGCCGUUGUAACUCUUGAUGAUGAAGAGAAUUUAACUGGUGAAGCAGCUUUAUCAACAGAUGGAAGAUAUUUCUUACAAGCAGAAAAGCAAUUAGAUUCAAGAUAUUGGAAAUUAUUAAAACAAGGUAUACCAUCAAAUCCUACUUGGAAUAAAUUUGCUAUUGAAAAGGCUAUUAAAAAUGAAUUUAGUAAUGUAAUUUCUUGUGAUCCAAGAUUAUUAAGUUUAAGUAUUGGAGAAUAUUUUAAUCGAGUUAGAUUAUUAAAUUAUCGUAGUAAAUUUGAAUUUAAACCAUUAUAUGAAAUUAAUUUAAUUGAUCAAGUUUGGGGAUUUGAAAAACCUUCAAGAUCUUUAGAACCAAUUUAUCAUUUAGAUUUAAAAUAUUCUGGUAAACAUACUAAUGAUAAAUUACGAGAAAUUAGAGAUUUAUUAAAAUCUUCAAAAUAUUCAAGUACUCAUUUAAUUGUAACUGCUUUAGAUGAUAUUGCUUGGUUAUUUAAUUUAAGAUCUGAUUAUGAUAUACCAUUUAAUCCAACUUUUUUUUCUUAUUCAAUUAUAACUUUAAAUUCGGUAAUUUUAUAUAUUAAUAAAAUUAAAAUUGAUAAGGGAUCACCGGAAUUACAUAAUUAUUUAUCAAGUAUUGAAGGUUUACAAAUUAAAUCUUAUGAAGAAUUUUAUCCUGAUUUAUCAGACUUAAAAGUUACAAUUGAAAAUCCAAAUUUAUCAUUUAUUUUACCAAAUAAAGAAUCUACUACUUUUGCUUUAUUUGAUUCUUUACCACAAUCAAUUGGUAAAAAUUCAAUUAUUCAUGAAUCUAUUAUAUCAAAUAUGAAAAUAUUUAAAAAUUCAACGGAAUUAUUUAAUGCUAAAAUAGCUCAAUAUAAGGAUUCAUUAGCAUUUAUAUUAUUUUCAUCAUGGUUAAAUCAUCAAUUAGUUAAUAAAAAACGUAAACUUUCAGAAUAUGAUGUGGCCUGUAAAAUAUAUUCAAUUAGAUCUAAAUUACCUAAUUUUAAAGGAUUAUCUUAUGAAACUAUUUCAUCAACUGGACCAAAUGCAGCAAUUAUUCAUUAUGCACCAACAAAGGAUGAUAAUUCAAUUAUUGAUCCAAAACAAAUUUAUCUUAUAGAUUCAGGAGCUCAUUAUUUAGAAGGUACAACUGAUAUUACAAGAACUUAUAAAUUUGGAUUUGAUGGACUUAAUGAUAGAUAUAAAAAAUAUUAUACAUUAGUUUUAAAGGGACAUUUAGCAGUUGCAAUGGCAAAAUUUCCUCCCAAUUCUAAAACAACAGGAAGUAUUUUAGAUGGAUAUGCAAGACAACCAUUAUGGAAUGAAGGAUUAGAUUUUAAUCAUGGUACAGGACAUGGAGUUGGAAGUUUUGGUAAUGUUCAUGAAGGACCAUUAUCAAUUCUGACUACUACAGGAGGACCAAGUCAAAUUGAUGUUUAUAAACCAGGAGGAAUUCUUACUGAUGAACCAGGAUAUUAUGUUGAUGGAGAAGUUGGAUUUAGAAUUGAAAGUGAAUUAGAAAUUAUUGAAUGUAGUGAUGAAUUUGGUAAAACAAGAAGUGGUAAUAACUUUUUAGGAUUUGGGUAUUUAACUAAAGUACCAUUUUGUAGAAAAUUAAUUGAUACAAAUUUAUUAUCACCAGUUGAAAUUAAUUGGAUUAAUGAAUAUCAUAAGAGUGUUAAACAAGACUUUGCUGAGAAAUUAUUAGAAAUGAGUGAUAAAAGAGCUUAUAAUUGGUUAGUUAAAGAAACUGAACCAUUAUAGAUAUUUAAAUUUAAUAAUAAAUUAAUAUAUUAAUUGAUUCUAUUUAAUUAAUUGAUUCUAUUUAAUUAAU